AAGUGUAUAUCGGUAACCCACGCGCAGUUCUGUUAAUGACCCCGUGCGUUCGAGAUGGCCAAUAGAAAUUUCCCAAACUCUUCCUGCAAUUGUCAAUUCCCUCGCACCACAAACACAAAACUUUCCCUCGCAAUCACGUGUUCAAUGCAUUGUUGUUACCGCGACGGUAUCGUAAGUGAGGUUAUGUAAUAUUGUUUGGUGAAAUAGAAACAAUAGCCACGAAGUUGGUGCAAAUUCUCUGACAAGUGUGAAAUUGCCAACUAAGAGUGAUUCAGUACUGAUGUACAGUGAUUCCCAGUGUCAGUGAGUGUAAUGAAGUGUGUGAAUUCGAAGCAUAAAUUUAUUAACAAUUCAUUUUUCAUUUUCAAUUCAUUAGUUAAUAGUCUUUUUCAUCAGUACAGAUAAAUUCCUCAGCAAUCUCUCCUGCCUGCACAUAGCCAUUAGCCUGAGAGGCUUCUCCUGGUAAUAGUCCUCAGUCCCCUUUCCCCUGACAAUCUGUCUCCCUUUAACUUGCAUAGUGUCCCGUUUGUCGAAUUCCCAUUGUCCCUCUUUCUCGGACGCGAGCGUGGCGGCACGCUGCUCUCGCGUACAACUACCUGUUGUGACGUUCAGCGUACACUCCAAUUCGACGCUGCACCCACUGUGUACCGAGCAUUCUGGUGAAAAUAAUCCGUCAAGUGAGAGGGGGAGGGAAGCUACCGCCGUAUAAAAUCUCCCCCACGGUAAUUAUCAGCGACUAGUAUUUAUUUAUAAGGAAUGAUCUGGAUGAGUGACGAUUGAUUAUUCAAAUAUUUCAAUCCAUUUGACGGGAUUAAAGCGGCGAAAGGCCUGAGACCGGGGGUCUCUCUCUCCAUGCCCCACUCCUCUUCUUCUCGACCCGCGCCACAGCUAUGGGCCACUCUUAUCGAGAGACGAGAACUUAGUCUAGCGCUGCACUCGUGCCCCGUACCAUCGGCUUUAACUGUCGCGUGGAUAAAAUCCGACUGACGUAAACAAUUCAUUGUUAUUUUAUUAUCUCACGUGAUAUCAGCAAUCCAGACGUUACCAUUGGAGCUUGACAAAAUGAACUCAGACGGUGAGGCAGAGACAAUAAAUUGACAGGAAAAUAAUCGACAGUAAUGUUGUAACAACAACAAAAUCAUAGUUAACAAGUGAGUGAAGGCUUGGAUGAAUUUGCGCAAGCGUACUGUCAAUGUGAUGUUACCACUUGGCGGGUGAUACAAAAAUAUCAUACGUAGUUGUGUUCCAUUUGACUAGUGAAUGAAAUGUCAUGGGUUUAUGAAUGCAACGACAAAUGUCAGUCGACAGGAAGUUGAUUGUAACAGCGUGUGAGAGGAUGCUCGAGAGAUCGGGUAACGACGAAGAAGAAGAAGAAAAUAUUCAAUCGACGAGCAACAUAGAUAGGCUAUAGUGAUUAAUUAUUGAAAUUUUGAAAGAUAAAACAAUUGAGGUGUUUUCACUGCGCUGGCUUACGCUGCAGUGGAUUUAGGGGGCUGUAUGGAGGCCGGGGGGCUCCUGCCCCAUCAGCCCUCGCAAGGCCCCCCCGGCACAGGCACGGGUAGUGCCCAAAAUAUUUGUCUCGGUGGACAACAGCGUCGUGUCACUAGUCAAUCACCAGUGCACACAGGAUUGGAACAAUUGAAUUCAACAGGUCAAUUGUCAUUGGCGAGUCAACAACAGUUGCAGCACAUACAGCAACAAAUGGGUCAAGCACCGAAUAUGGGUGAAAUUAUCACCCCGAAAAAACAAUUGGCUGUUGAUCGAUUGAGACGAAGAAUGGAUGAGUAUAGGAGACAUCAGACCAAUGUAACUCCCAGGUUUGAGCAGAGCUUCAACGGUUUGUGUGAACAAGAGUCCCAGGGGACACUUCUUCUCAAGCAGAGAUUUUUUGACAACAAGGCCAAGAGACAAGCGAAGAAAGCUGAUAAGAAGCAGAAUGAGGCGGUUGGCCUAUCCAGCGUUCACGUGCAGCAAAAAUUCCUGAAGAGAACAGCGGAGGAUUUGGAGCCCGCGGGUGGUGGUGGCAAUGAUGGCUUUGGUGAGCCCCCGGUCAAAGUUCAAUGUACACAGGGCCAGCAUCAGCACCAACAGGCCCAAUCCGGGCCGGGUGGUCCCCAUCAUGGACAUAGCCAACAUCAAACUGGUAAUGGAACAUCUCAGGCUGGUCCCCAAGGUGGUGGAAAUGGUAGCAAUGGGGGUGGAUCUGGCUCUGGUAAUGGUAAUAACGAGGGUCUCACCAAAUUUCAAGUUGAGAUUGUACAACAGUUGGAAUUCACAACGUCAGCAGCUAAUUCGCAAGCCCAGCAAAUCUCCACAAACGUCACUGUCAAAGCCUUGACAAAUGCGUCGGUGAAGAGUGACCUUGUGAAUUCGUCGUCAUCACCAAAACCGGGAAUGGACAAUACAACGACGUCAUCGAGGAGCCAGAAUAAUGGACCUGGUGGAGGUGGUGGUGGUGGAAGUGGUGGUGGUAUAGGUUGUGUUGAUAUUGGUAAUUUAGUGGAGUGUAAACAAGAGCCGGACAAUGAUUUUGUUGAUCUCGAGCAAUGCGCUGCAGCAGUUGAAAAAGAUGCUGCUGCUAAUGGCGUUGGUUUUCCUGGUUUUUCUGACUUUAUCGGUGAUGACACUGGUGAUGAGAUAUUUCCAUCAGACGCAUUCAAAGAUCUCAUUUCUGAGAUAUCAGAUAUUAAUCCAGAUUUUAUGAAAGACUUUGACUUUGAUGACAAGAGUGGUGAUUUACUAGGCUCCAGUGGCAAUGCUAAUACAGGGAGUGUUGUUGGUAGUAACACAUCAGGUACGAUUAAUAAUGGACAGAUUAAGAUAGAGGAUGACAAGGAUAGCCAUCAACAUGGUAAUAGUGCUACGAGUAAUGGUACAAAUAAUGGAAUUAUCAGAUCAAACUCGAGUCCGGGUCUGGGUGGAUCGCAGUAUUCACCGGCACGUCUGCCAUAUUCAGGGCUUGAUUUCAAGUCUGAGAUGAGUCCUGCGGCCCAGACUUUGAAGCAAAUGGCUGAACAACAUCAGCACAAGAAUCAACUUGUACUUGGUAAUUACAAUUCAGCAGCGGCUGCCGCAAGGGGUCCAGCAUCAAGAUCACCUUACGCUGAAUUUCCACAGUUUGGGGGUAAUGCUGAGGCUUAUCUUGGUAGUCCUGGGAAUAAUGGACCAAAUAAUCAGAAUCAAAAUGCUCAAAAUGCUCCGUCUUAUCACAAGAGCAAUAGUAAUCCCAGUUUUUCGAGUCAGACUGCUAGUGAUAUGUUUGCUGCACAAAAUCAAUUCAAUUUGGAUAUGAAGAGGCCUCAGCAAGCUGGUGGAAAACCGAAUAUGCUUGGACCAACUGGUGGAUACAAGCAACAGUACUCGCCUUACGGUAGUCCAGGAUCUAUGCCUAAUCAUGGGAGUCCUGGCUAUCCAUUACCACCUAGAGGGGGACAGGGUGGUGGACCUAAUCAGCCUGGCUCGGCUCAGGGACCCUUCACGAGCUCAACACCUCCUAGACCACCCUCUGGACCUGGCACAUCCACUUUGCAGAUCAAUCAGGCACAGCAGCUUCACAUCUCGAAUCCCGGUCAUCAGAUUCAGGUAUCAGCUGGCCAACACAUGCAGCUCACUGGUGACCUGAAGCCAGGGGUAUCAGUGGCAGCGCAGCAGGGAAUGUACUUCAGUCAACAGCAGAAUCAAAAUCAAGCAGGACCCAAUGGCCAAAAUGACACAUACUGCUCGGUGUCGCAAUCGCAAACGAUUAAUUUUACACAACAGAGUUUGAGACAACGAGGGGCAGCUGGUGGGGGUGUACCUCAGGGGGCUCCGGGUGCACCAACUGGACGGGGUCAUCCUCAGCAAGUGCCACCGGGACAAGUUGAUCAGCAUCAGCACGCAAAGUUACUGCAGCAACAGCAGCAACAGCAAAUGCUUCGGGCUCAGCAACAGCAUGUGAUGCAACAUCAGCAACACAUGACAGGAGGAAUGACGGGAGUGAGACCACCACCACCAGAGUACAAAGCGGCACAGGCGCAAAUGAUUCAUGCUGGCAUUGGAAUGGGUCAACAAACGAGAUUUCAAAAUGCUGGACCUAUUCGCAGGGUAGCACAGCAACCAAUGCCUCCGUCUGGCCCCAUGAUGAGGCCGCAAAUGGCCCAGCAACAGCAACAGCAGGCUUUACAUGCUGCUGGUGGAAACAUGUACAUGACGAGUGGUGGUGCUGCACCGGGUGGUGGAAGUGGUGCUGGGGGUAUGGCAGCGAUAGGUGGAAUGCAUCAAAUGCACCAGAGACUAAGUUAUCCAAGGACCAACAACCAACGGCCGCCUAAUGUCAGCGUUGGACCACCCGAUGGUCUUGGAAAUAGUAUUGCUGGUCGCGGUGCACAACAGGAAUGGCGUCACCUACUGAUGCAACAGCAGGGCUUUCAGCCACAGAUGCAGCCACGACCGCAGUUUAAUCAACAGAGUCAUCAAGGUGGCUUUGGUAUGGGUAACACGGGUGGAAUGCAAAUGAACGCAGCCCAGAUGCAACACCAACAGCUAAUUCGAUCACAGAGCGGUGGAAUGGGUGGUGGCAGUAUGGGAAACAAUUCUCAGAUGCAACAAUUACUCACUCAACAGCAUCAGCAUCAAACUCUGGCAAUGCAACAAAGCAACAAUCAGAUGUCUAUGCAGAUGCAAAUGUCCCAAUCCUCGUCUGUUAGUUCAGUAUCGACUGCUGGAACUGGAUCACCAAUGCAUCCACACCAGCAAUACGGUGGUGGUAGUCCAGGCGUAAGAAAUAUGCCUCAACAACACAGUCAACCAGCUACCACAGCAUCGGAUCCAUCAGUAGCAGCUGCUGAUUCGCUGCUUAACCUGGAAUUCCUUGACAAUUUACCUGCUGGUGAUCCGUCAAACUUCAGCGCCCAAGACCUACUAAAUUCUCUCGACUCAACGGCAGGUUUCAAUCUCGAUAUACUUUAAACGAAGAGUAAUAAAAUUCUAGACUAUCUCGAAGUAAAUUAAUGAAAUAUAAUAAAUAUUCAUACGGACCGGAUAGGUUGUAUCGAUUUGAGACCACCGAGUGUGUCUACGGCAGGCUGUUAUAUACUAGGCAAUCACACUUUAGUCAAUUUUAUCCUUUUUUAUCUCUCAUUUUCUAUGUAGCAACUACGGGAGAGGGGGUGAAUAGGUGGAAGGCAAAGGAGAGGGUCGAAGCGACUGCUAUAUGAUAAGUUUCGGGGACACUAGUGUGAGUUUUGCAAGUCUUGAAAUAUUGAAGUGACAUCUCAUACGUUGUCGAUCGAUCAUAUGUCCAUAAAUACAUGAAAUUUGGGUUGUUGCAUGAUGUUUUUUAAUUGAAAAGGCUAAUGAAAUACAAAAAAAUUUGAGGAAAAAUAUUGAAUAGGUUUUUUGUUGAUAUUGCAGGGAAAUGAAAAAUCGAGAAUUGGCAUGAUAUUCAUUUUUCAUUACUUAAAAACAAGAAAAUACGUAUCUACUAUUUUCCAUUCGACUUUCCUAGCCAAUACAAAAAAAAUUCUCAGUUAUGAAAUUAAUGAUAUUACUUUCUUGGCGAACUGAAAUAUUCUGAGUACAGAAAUCUACAUUUAAAUGAGUACUGGAAACUUUACUGAUCCAAAAUUAAUGUAUUACACAAGGAAUGAUUCAUAAAAUGUCAUUCGAUGGAGUGAUGAGUACCCCCAGUGUGUCUGUAGAGGAUUGGGGUAUGCGAAAAGUCACUCCAAUAACAUGAGGCUUGCAAAACUCAUGGUAGUCUCCGACUGAAACAUCAAGUGCACAAUGAUUUCCUUUGAAAUGUAAAAAUAAUGCAAAAUUUAACGAUCGACGUGAAAGCACUUGAAAUUAUUAUCAAAUUCCCUUGUAACCGCUUAUUCCCUCCGGCUCUCUGGGCAUCUGAGAGUAUCUGUGUCGACGCUGCUACUUCGACGGGUACUCUCCUAAUGCAACUCUUCCGUUAACGUUUUUUCCCCUUUUUAUUUUCCCCGUUUGCCUCGAGUUUUCGUACCGAGCCACCACGUCUCACAGUAGCUAGGAUCGUAUAAAUAAAUAAUGAAGAAUCGUGUUACUUAUAACUAUUCAUUUACAACAAUGAAAGAACAUUGACAUCCUACAAUGAUGAUUUUUUUUAGAAUCGUCCUCGAUACUGAAGAAAUCCAAUGAAAUGUGACAAAUUUCAUAUUUUCUUUUUGUCUGUAAAAAAACAAGUAUUGGGGACUGGUUCGUGUACUAUUACGAGAAAAUAUAUAGUAACUAUCAUAGGAGAAUAUUUGAAUGACGCGUGCGCCCGUAACGUGAUCACUAAAUAUAUUAAAUUAAGAUAAAGUCAAUUAUAGGAAACACUUGAGAGGAUUUAAAAAUGAUGAAUUUCGUUUCGUUUUACAACUGAACACAAGCGUACGAAAAAUUUUCAUAUAAAAAUCUCGGGAAUCCACUAAAAGAUUCUCUUAGAAAACUCUACACGAAAAAAUAAUGGAUUUCAAUUUUCUAUGGGGAAUAUUCUACUGAGACAGUCUUCAUGGAAAUUUCUUGGCUUAAAUGUCUCAAGUCUCUACUUAAUUGCUUUUUGUCUAACGAAGAAGACAUUAGGGAACAAAAACUUCAGAGAAUGCAUGGUAAGGAAUUACCUGGCAACUAUCAUAAUCAAAAAACUUGUAAAGCCAUUUCUAUUGGUCAUUUUCUAUCCAUAAAAAACUAAUUAAUGACAUGUUCAAUGAAAAUUCCACGAAUCCAAUAGACAUUUUCUAUCGCAUUUACGAGGUUUUCCUAUGAAAUUUUGUCGUGCGUUUGUCGCUGCGAGUUUCUUGCCGAGAAUGAAUAAACCCAACAGAUAAAUUAAUUAAAUGAAACCGAAAGCAAUAAACUUGUCACGUAUGGUCUAGUACAUUUAAACGAAAGAAAAAUGAAAAUUAAGUCUGUAAAUACUUCUAAAAAGUAAGUAGCAAGUUUAUCGAAUGAAAAGAAAAACCUAAUUUACAUUUAGGUUGAGAUAGAGAGUGAAUAUCAUGAGGGGUGAUGGUUGAAGAGUAAAUUAUUGUCCACGUGAUGCGAUAAAACGCAUUUGACUACUCUUCCAUAAUUUAUUUAAAGCCCUUGAAUGCGUUGUCUCGCUAACAAUACAGAGUAAAGUGGCAAUAUCAACCGUCAUUUUAGGCAGCUUCCACUCUCGGCGCAACGAACUUUAUUCUUCCUGACUCGCAAGCACUGCGUAAUGAACAAAGAUCAUUUGUGUUUACUCGUUUGACAUCUUUUUUUUACGUUUUAUUCUUCUUGAGGGAUGGGGGGAGGGGGGGAAUGCAAAAUAAUUCUCUCUAUUUUCUGUCCUCGAUGGUGAAUUGUCUCCAUGAUACGUUGGCUAAACCCGAAUACGUGUUGUUAAUUUAUCCACCUUCAACUAAUUUAGGUACAAGUUAAUGAAUUCACUCGUCAGUUCGAUGUCGCCGUUGAGUGACGGAUCUGCAAUGCGGCUAAAUCUUCCCAAAAAAUACAAUAUAUACAUUCCAUGGAAACCCGCGCUGGGUCUCUUGCAAUCAAAAAUAUGUCUCACUUCAUAUUUAAAAAUGAAUUUACAAAAGAAAACACAUCGACUUCAAACAAUAGCAUUACAUAAAACUAGAUCUAAAUUUACUGGAGAAUUGUUGGAUAGAGUGAAAUAAUGACAAGAAGGGAAAAAAACAUAGUUUAUAUUAUCUAAUUAUCGAUUACGAAUUAGAGGGUUAAAUGGAUUGGAAUAAGUUAUCGAGUUGCAACAGUAUCCACGUGAGCCACUGGUAGAAACUUGAAAUGACAAUUGUGUAAUGUGCGAUCCUUAAUUAUUGUCUUUUGUAAAAUAUUGGGGCCACGAAACAUAAUCUUACGACGAUAAGGAACUGAUUAACAAAAUGAUUUAAAAAACACAUAAAGUGAAGUUAAAUUAGAAUUUUCGGAGGAUUAAUGAGACAGGUGCUCUGAUUCUCAUGUCAAUCUAGAGUUAAUGUAAAUCAAAAAAACAGGGGAUAAGAGCAUAGUUAAUCGAAGGUGACUAGCUACUCAAAAUUCAUUGUUUGAUGCUUCACGAUGAAUGAGAAUAGGAUGAUUUUUUUAGCAUUUCUCACGUCAAUAUUGACAUGAAAAGAACGUCAAUGAACAUAAUUAAAAGUGGAGACUUUCAGUUGAGCAUAGGGGACCAACGUUAAUGGCAGGUGCUUUCAUCGAAUGUUACAGUGGAUCGUGAUUUAUUCUAUUGUACUAACAAUUUUCUUCUUUAUUCUAAAUUUUUUUUCCUCUCUCUGUUACGUUAAAGUGAUGGUAUUAUUAUUGGAUGUAAAGGUGAAAAAAAACUAUAGCCAAUUAUUUAUAAUAUUUAUAAUUUUAUAUACAGUAGAGAAAAAGAACAAUCUGGGCAUUCGUGUAUAGCAUUAAAGAAUGUUGAAAAUUAACCUGUUAUGAAAAAUAAAAAUACGUUGAUGCUUUUUACUCACGUGAAUCGAGUUAUUAUUUUUCAAUCUGCUGAUUAUUAUUUUUCCAUCAUGCGAUUGUCAUUGUCAGUGGUGAUAUUAGUUUGUCUCGUUUACGCGAUUCGUCGUAAUGCAAAGUGCGUAAUGUCGACUUGGGCGACAAGAGUCGUCUGAUGGUUGUGCUUUGGGUAGAGGGGAGGAGGAUCAAUAUCACGGUCAGGGAGAAGCUAGAACCGAAAAUAGGAGUGCAGAGGGGUUGAGAAGAGAGAGAGGAGAUUUCGUGAGGAGAAUCCUUGGGAAAAUUCUGACACCUAAGUUGAUGAGACAGGAGAGGGGAGGGGAUGAUUUAUUCAAGUCUUUCAAUAUUUUAAUGAACGAUCCACUGUGCCUCAUCGAUUUCACAUAAGUCGUCCCUUAUUGACGGACAGGUAUAAAUCAUGAAAACAAUUAGUUACGGAAUGGGUAUGAAAAAGUUAUGGGGAAAACCUAAUGUAAUUGUUAGAGAAUUUUAUUCGGUAUAUUAAUUACCUUUUUGCUGAUUUCCAGUGAAUUUCUGCAAUUUGUUCAACUAUUUUUUGGGAUUUAUCUCUCUAGACAGUUAAUUCUGUUAUAAUUGUUCAUAUAAAAUUCACUGGGAUUUUGAUACAGUUCAAUCCAGUUUUUUUUUAAAUCAAGGUUUUUCAUUAAAUAGUUUUCUUCCCGUUGAAUGGUUUAUUGAAUUUCUGAGAUCAAAAAAGAUAUAACGUGAACAACUAGAGAAUUACAACAGGAAAAAUAAAAUAGAAAAACAUUAUUGAUACCAAAUAAUCUAUUUGUUUUACUAUCGAAAUACCGGUAAUAAAACGAAUAAAACUAACUAAUUACAAUAGGAAUUCUUCCCAUCACGAAUUUUCUCCUGCGUGUUCUCAGCUAAUUUACUCAAUAAAAAAAUGACCAUAACAGGCUGAAAUUUUUUAGCACACGGACUUUUGCUACGGAAUUUACUCAGCAGUAAUCAAGAGCAUAAUUCAACAUUAUGUACUCGUAAUUAUGGAGAGGGGUAAAUUCUCGAUGCUGGCUCAACAUUACCACACGAUCGAUCGAUACAUCUCGCCCGUUGCAUCAGUAUUUCUGCAUGAAUAGGGAAAUUCUUUUUGCUGCCUUGUAAAUAUCAUUGAUUGAUCCAAGAGAAGAGUGCGAAAGGAGAAUGAUGAAGAAUACACGUGAUCGUAAUUUUCUCGUUUGGUAUCUUAUCGUGAAACCUAUGACGUGUUACCAAGAGCUCUAUCAAUCCCAAAAAUCAUCGAUUUCUUACUUUUUCAAUAAUUGUGAUAUAUAGUUAUAAAAUAAUAAUAAUAGCUGUACCAUUCAUUUAUCAAUUGAUCACUUAGGGAUUUAAAAAAAUCGCAAAUAUUCUUGUCAAUGAAAGAAAACCGAAAUUGUGACGCGUCAUAAAUCACAAUCGGAUAAAGAGGAUCGGAGUUAUUGAAAGCAGGAAACAAAAAAAAAUCAAAUCAUGUCCCCGAAAUCGACUGUCGAAAAAAAAAGACAGAUAGGUUUUCCAACCCUUCACUUUUCAACAGAAUUAAUGUCAACUGUUGAUUCAUUUCCAAUGGAAUACCUCAUACCUUUUUUUCAUAGCCAGAAAAGUUUAAAAUUAAUCGUGAAAAUUUACGAACACGUGUGCAUCCAACGUAUCAUGGUAUAAAGUUAUAGAGCCAUUUAAAACGUGGAGGGGGAGCGUUAAAAUAAAUAAUAAUUAAAUGAAUUAACAAAAGCGCGAAGAUAGUCUGUAAAUAUCAGCAUUACGUUAUUAUUUAUGUUGCUAAUGUGAGUGAAGAGGUAAAUAUGGUACAGAAGUAUAGUAACAACUAAAUGAAUGAAAAAAAUUUAAUGAAGUAAUGGAUAACGAUACACAGUGUGUACAUAAAUGUGGCUGUACAGACCACAACGGAAUGAGGAUUACUUGUCACAGUAAUGUCUCUUUGUCUUUUUUUUUUCAUUAAUUUUAUUACUAAGUAAAUAUAACAUUACUUAUGUUUAUUGUUAUCAUUUGGCUGAUGAUCUCACCGGGAAAACGAAAAUUCUAACAUCGUACAAUAUUGUUAUCACGGAAGGAAAAAAAAGGGUGCGUUUUAUUUUGACAACUAAAACGCCGCCUUUCGAACAAAUGAGUGAUUUUCCUUCAGAGGAAAAUGUAAAAACGCAUUAUUAAUCUAUUCAAAAAGACAUUUUUCAUCGUGCCUAUAUAAUGCAUUAUAUAUUUUUCGCAUUACGUCAUUAUGUGUAUAAUUUAUAUUCGAAGUACAGCGCAUUCCAAAAAAAUGAAUAAACGAAAAAAAAACAAGGAUAACAAAACGGUUCUUUAGUUUUCCUUUUUUUAUAUAUUUUGGGGUCCAGUACCUAUUGUUUAAGCUUAUUGAAAAUUAAUUAACCUUUUUUUUUUUAAUUCGGGCUGAUGUCGGAAAUAUCCUCAAUGAGUUGGAACUUGUAAGUUGUAUUAUUAAGUUAUUGAAAAUGAUGGAAAAUAAGAUUAUUCAAGAUUAGAUCGAUUAAUAUAAUUAAUGAAGAGAAAUAUUGAAAAUUAAUACGAAAAUAAUAAACUGAGAACAAAAAUGAGUUGACAAUUUUAAUUGCAAUUGAAGGACAAAAUGAGAUAUGUAUCAAUGGAAAAAUUAUUCACAAAACAAUGUUUUAUUGUACGAGAGUCGAGACAUUUUUUCAUGUCUUUGUAUAUUUUUAUGCAAUGUUGUAGAAAUAAUAUUGUUUCAAAUAUAUUAUACAGAUAAUGAUUAUAACAAUAAACGAAUUUAUAUGCGAUUA